AUGACCAGCCAGAAGCGUAUCACCAAGGAACUUGGUGAACUCACCACUUCUCCCCCUGCCGGAAUCACGGUCGCUCUGGCCGAUGAGGCGAAUCUCUUCGAGUGGAAAGUCACCAUGGAGGGACCAGCUGGAUCGCCGUAUGCUGGCCACCUCUUCAACCUCUCCUUGACCCUCCCACCAAACUACCCUUUCAAGCCGCCAACCGUGACUUUCACCACCAAGAUCUACCACCCAAACAUCUCCAAUGACUCUCCACCAAACUCCGGCACCAUGUGCUUGGGCAUGUUGAGAGAGUCGGAAUGGAAGCCGAGCACCAAAGUCGCCGCGGUCCUGGAAUUCGCUCGUCAAUUGUUGAAAGAACCAAACCCCGACGACGCCGUCGAAGGCAAGAUCGCAGACCAGUAUCGCAACGACUACGGCGCGUACGAGAAGGAAGCCCGUGAGUGGGUCAAGCGCUAUGCGACGGUCAAGAAAUGA